AUGGUUGUUAUAAUAUUAAAUAGCUUUAUUUUCUGAGUGCUUUUGCAAACACUUUGGCUAGCAAGGGGAAGCAGGACACAGUAAUGGUCGUUGUCCAUGGGGAGUGUAAGUUGUGAAGAAGAAAAUAAAGGAGCCUGGGGGUCUGCGUGUUCAGUGGUUAGGAAAUAGCAGUUACCUGGACACUAGGACAUGGUGCCAGUUAUUUAGGUGAGGAAUAGUGUCUGACUGAAACAUGCUACCAAGGACAUUGGAUUUGUUUUGCCUUUAUCUCCAAGUACAUACCUGCCUAAAUACUAAGCCGAUGUAAGUAAAUGUUUGUUAAAAAUGACUCAAUGGGACAGCAAGUCAAAAGAGUUCUAUAGAGGAGUAUCCUUUAAUGUGAAGUCAUUGCCUUUGAGCACAAACUAUUCAAUUUGACUUUGAAAUUAAGUGUUACUUCAUCAGGUGAUUAGUUGCCUGCAGGCUGCAUAAAAACAUUUUGUUCCGCAGCCAGCAGUAGUUUUGGAAUCACUGGUGAUUUCAAAAAGCACAAUGGGCGUCUUUUUAAGGAAACAACCAAAAGUGAACUAAACAGGGGCAAGACAGUUCUCCCCCAAACAGCAUAUAGCUCCCAUGUUGUCUUGGUUUGAACCACAAGUUCAACCCAAUAUCAGCAGCUGAUGUGUCCUCAGUAUCAGUGAGAGACUGGAGUGGGUCCUCAGUUUCUUCUGCCCAGAGUAACUCCACGCUUUGAGGACUUGCACAGGCAAGGUGUUACUUUGCUGUGGCAAUAUUGCCUUUAAAUUGUCAUAUAGCGUGAUAGUGGUGAUGUAAACCUGACAGCUAGUACUGUGCUUGGUUUUUGUAUUACUAUAUUUCUCCAGACAUCAAGGUACGUAGAUGGGUAUGCUAUGGAUAUUAGAACUAAUGUUAUCUCUUAUAUGCUUUUGUUAUUUCCUUAUUUGUCAUUACACAGAAAAUAGUAUAUUAUGGGACUAAAUACUGAAAUUAAUAAGGACAGCUUCUUUGUUUCAUGGAUUUUAAUUUUUUCCCGUGUUAGAAAGGAAGACAUUGGGUACUGUGUUAUUGCCUUAACAUACUAGCGCACCAGCUUUUUCCUAGAGAAUGUGCAAAACUGCAAACCCAAAAGAUUCAAUUUAAAAAAAAUGGAGUAGUUCUGAAUUAUUCCUACAACCGUAAUGUGAAACAGCAUCGAAAUUCUUCUGUAACAAAACCAGUCUGUUUUUUUGGCAGUGACAUUACUAAUUCACUACCUGCAUUGGUUACCAAAUGUUAAAAACGCAUGGAAAGCAUUAUGAAACUUCACAUUUAGAAAUAGUUCAGAGAUUUGAUGUGCUCCUUGUGGUCAUCUUCACAGGUGUGCUGUUUUCUGGCUCCUCUAAGAAGAUAAUUUCUAAAUUUUACAGUUUUGCGCUACUUGAGGUUUGCAUUCACCGUGUUAGAUCGUGCAGCGGCAUUCGCUUUAUAAAAUCAAAAUAUGUGUGCGUGUUUGACAAAUCUGCCCUCAAGUUUAGUCAUCAACAGCGAUUAUUCAGAACAUCUGCUGUUUCAUGUGGCCAAAUUGUCCAGUUUAAGCUUUCGGACAUUGGAGAAGGGAUUACGGAGGUGACUGUAAAAGAAUGGUAUAUAAAAGAAGGUGAUAGCGUGUCUCAGUUUGAUAGCAUCUGUGAAGUACAAAGUGAUAAAGCUUCUGUUACUAUUACUAGUCGUUAUGAUGGCAUCAUUAGAAAACUCCAUUACAAUUUGGAUGAAAUUGCUUAUGUCGGAAAGCCAUUAGUGGACAUUGAAAUCGAUGCUUCAAAAGGUGUUUCUCCAGAAGAAGAUGUUGUUGAAACACCUCCUAUGUCUCAUGAAGAGCAUACUCACCAAGAGAUAAAAGGUCACAAAACUUUAGCAACCCCUGCAGUUCGUCGUCUGGCCAUGGAGAACAAUAUUAAAUUGAGUGAAGUUGUUGGAACAGGGAAAGAUAACAGAAUUCUUAAAGAAGACAUACUCAAUUACUUGGCCAAACAAACAGGAGCUAUUUUACCUCCAUCACCAAAGGCUGAAAUUAUCCCACCUUUGCCAAAAUCAGAGACUGUGCCAGCUGCUCCAAAGGACAGAGCACACAAAAUUCCUGUGCCUGUUUCCAGACCCAUUGUGUUUUCAGGAAAAGAUAAAACGGAACCUAUAACAGGUUUUCAGAAGGCGAUGGUAAAGACUAUGAGUGCAGCCCUGAAGAUACCCCACUUUGGUUAUUGUGAUGAGAUUGAUUUGACUCAGCUUGUUCAGCUGCGAGAAGAGCUGAAACCUCUAGCACAAAUUCGUGGAGUUAAGCUUUCCUUUAUGCCUUUCUUCAUAAAGGCAGCCUCUCUGGGAUUAUUGCAGUACCCCAUUCUUAAUGCUUCUUUGGAUGAAAGCUGUCAAAAUGUCACAUACAAGGCUUCGCACAACAUUGGAGUUGCUAUGGAUACAGAGCAAGGUUUAAUUGUCCCAAAUGUGAAAAAUGUUCAAGUCUCUAGUGUGUUUGAGAUCGCUUCUGAAUUAAAUCGCCUACAGUCCUUGGGCUCUGCUGGCCAACUGGGAACAAACGACCUCAGUGGGGGAACGUUCACCCUUUCAAAUAUUGGCACAAUUGGUGGCACUUACGCCAAACCAGUGAUACUACCUCCUGAAGUAGCCAUUGGAGCACUUGGAAAGAUACAGGUUCUCCCUCGGUUUAAUGGAAAAGGUGAAGUAUUUAAAGCACAGAUAAUGAAUGUGAGUUGGUCAGCUGAUCACCGCAUCAUUGAUGGAGCUACGAUGGCCCGGUUUUCUAACUUAUGGAAAUCUUACUUGGAGAACCCUGCUUCGAUGCUGCUAGACCUUAAAUAAAGGAAACCAUGGCUAGAAUAUGCCUUUAAACUUUGUGGAUUAGGUUGAACAAUUAUAAAAGCUAGCUCUGCUAGCACGUGCCCUUUGCUACUCACAUUAUAUAAUAGUUUUAUGUGGUUAAAAGUUCUCAACAGCUGUCGUCGGUCUAUCAAUUAUUUGUUACUUCUUUUAAUUACUAGUGCUGUAACUACUUCUACAGCAGACUGUCAGACUUAAUAGGUCAUGGCACGACUUCUGAAUGUGGUGAUGGAAUGUCUUUAUUUUGCCUUUUAUAAUACAUACGGUUGUGAGGCUGGUGUCACUGAAUGACACUGGUCUACAUCUGCAGUAUUUAUAAUCUGAUUAACCUGUUCUUUCUUGUUGGACAUGUAAAUUUAUUUUAACAACUAAUAUCCAAAUUCCCAAAAGAAGUUAUGCAAAAGUUAUAUACAAAUAAAAUUCCUUUUAUGCUUCUGCUGUAAGAUGUCCAGAGAGCUUUUUGUUUAACUGAGUAAAUCUCUCAAGUCUUUUGCUAGUCCAUGUUUUCCUAUCAACAAGUGCUUACUGAUAACAUUAAUUGAUAACUAUCAGGGCCUUAACACUCUAAAAUACCCUGUACUUUUAUAGGCUGGAAGUAGUUGCAGUCCUUAAAUACUU